AUGGGUGACUGGAGCUUUCUAGGGCGGCUGCUGGAGAAUGCUCAGGAACACUCCACUGUGAUCGGAAAGGUUUGGCUGACCGUCCUCUUCAUCUUCCGCAUCCUGGUGCUGGGGGCAGCAGCAGAGGAGGUGUGGGGAGACGAGCAGUCCGACUUCACCUGUAACACGCAGCAGCCCGGUUGCGAGAACGUCUGCUAUGACGAGGCCUUCCCCAUCUCCCACAUCCGCUUCUGGGUGCUGCAGAUCAUCUUCGUCUCCACGCCCACGCUCAUCUACCUGGGGCACGUGCUGCACAUCGUCCGCAUGGAGGAGAAGAGGAGGGAGAGGGAGGAGGAGGUCAGGAAGGCCGGACAACACCAGGAGGACCAUGACAACCUCUAUCACAACGGAGUGGGUGACGGAGGAGGUGGGAAGAAGGAGAAGCCACCGAUUCGUGAUGAGCACGGGAAGAUCAGGAUCCGCGGGGCGUUACUGAGGACGUACAUCUUCAACAUCAUCUUCAAAACUCUGUUUGAGGUGGGCUUCAUCCUGGGACAGUACUUCCUGUACGGCUUCCACCUGAGGCCGCUCUACAAAUGUGGCCGCUGGCCCUGCCCCAACACUGUGGACUGCUUCAUCUCCAGGCCGACUGAGAAGACCAUCUUCAUCAUCUUCAUGCUGGUGGUCGCCUGCGUCUCUCUGCUGCUCAACCUGCUGGAGAUCUACCACCUGGGCUGGAAGAAGGUCAAGCAGGGCGUCACCAACGAGUUUGUGUCCGACAGCGAGUCGCUGCUGCUGUGUGCGGCCCGGCGCAGAGACGCACAGACGAUACCCGAGCAGACCUCGCCAUCGGUGCUCAACUGUUUGUCGGCGUAUGCCAGUGUGGGCGCGGCGGGGGGCGGAGACGCUGAGGGAGGAGCCUACAGUCCAACAGAAGAAGCCUCCAGAGGUUUGAGCCCAAACAUGGCCGCCGAAUCUUUGCCGGCUGAGCUCAAGAUGGAUGGCGCCCCGUUCCACCCAGACGACUUCCUGUUGGAGAGGCUGCCCACUUCCUUUUAUGGCAAUGGAGACACAGUGAGCGUUGGAAGCCGCGGGCAGCUGAGGGCGAUGGAGCAGAACUGGAGCAACAUGGCACUGGAGCUGCAGAAUCUGAAUGGAAAAGACUCCUUCUACCCUCCUCCUCCUCCCUCUCCUCCCACCUCGGCCUCCUCCUCCCCUCAGGGGGAGAUGACCCCACCGCCUCCUCAAGAGGUGCAACGCUCCAUGUGUCCCACGCUUCCUCGUAAUACCCCUCUGUACCCCCUCAUGGUGGAGGAGAGGGCGUUGGAUGAGGAAAACACUGUCGCCACAGCUCCUUGGAUGGUCCCGCACGACGACUUCACCGUGGUUACCAGGGCGGAGAUGCAUCAGCCUCCAUGUGCUGCGGCGACAGACAUUCGGAAGCCAAGUCGGGCCGGCAAGAGCGGCUGCGUCCGAGCUCGCCCGGAUGACCUGGCAGUGUAG